AUGGCGGUGUUUAUACAGUCCAGUCUCUGGGACAGUGUCCUGGAGAUGACAAAGGUGGCACAAGAGAAGGGUAAUGAUCCUUUGUUGUGGGCAAUUCAGCUAUCUUCAUAUUUGAGCUCUUCAGGUGUUUCUCUGCCUUCUACUGAGCUUGCCAACCUUUUGGUUUCACACAUUUGCUGGGAUAACAAUGUUCCUAUUGCAUGGAAGUUCCUAGAGAGGGCUUUAAUGCUCAAGAUCGUGCCUCCAAUGCUAGUUCUGGCUCUGCUUUCCACAAGGGUAAUUCCUAGUCGAUGUUCGCGGUCAGGAGCAUUUAGGCUUUAUAUGGAACUCCUUAAGAGAUAUGCUUUCAGUCUUAAAUCCUAUAUAGCUGUUCCGAAUUACCCAAAGACCAUGAAAUUGAUAAACACUGUCCUCCAUCUUUCUCAAAUAUUUGGUCUUCAAGCAAGUGAACCUGGCAUUCUUGUGGUUGAGUUUAUUUUUUCAAUUGUAUGGCAAUUACUUGAUGCAUCUUUAGAUGACGAAAGACUGCUGGAACUUCUGCCUGAGAAGAAGUCUCGAUGGGAAACUAAACAUCAGGAGAUGGAAGUUGAUGUUCACGGUAGUUAUGCUGAUAAGAGGAUGGACCAUCAAAAUAGAUUGCAGAAUAUGAAUACCCGGAUGGCCAUAGAGUUAAUAGGCCUAUUUCUGAGAAAUAAAGUAACUUCCAGGAUUCUUUACUUGGCACGCCUAAACAUGCCCACACAUUGGCAAGAUUUUGUCCAGCAAAUACGGCUACUUGGAGAAAAUUCAUCUAUAUUGAGAAAUUCAACAGUUAUGACUCCAGAUGCUCUUCUGCAGCUAACAUCAGGAACUCACAAAAUUUUCUCUCUGGAAUGCAAAACGAGUUCAUCACAAAUGUUCCAUGCAAUUAUGUCUUCGGGUUCUCUGGCCUCUUUCGCUGGUCUUUGUCACGGGGCUAGUCAUUCUGCUCUUUGGCUUCCUCUUGAUCUGGUGCUAGAAGACACUAUGGAUGGUUAUCAAGUUAGUGCAACAAGUGCAGUUGAAAGUAUUACUGGUUUGAUGAAGGCCCUCCAAGCAAUUAAUGGCACUACUUGGCAUGGUAGCUUUUUAGGUCUGUGGAUGGCGGCUCUACGUCUUGUUCAAAGGGAAAGGGAUCCCAUUGAGGGCCCUGUGCCUCGCCUUGAUGCUCGCUUGUGCAUGUUGUUGUCUAUCACAACUCUUGUGGUCGCCGAUCUUAUUGAUGAAGAGGAAAGUGCACCAACUGAUGAAAUGGAAUGCAAUGCUGAAACUUACAGUACUGAACUGGUUCAUGGAAAGCGUCGUGAAGAUUUGGUCUCUAGCUUACAGUGUCUGGUUGAUUAUCACAGCUUGUUGACUCCACCUCAAUCAGUUAUUUCUGCGGCCAAUCAGGCAGCUGCAAAAGCAACGCUGUUUAUAUCAGGAAUUGACGCUGGUAAUGGGUACUUUCAGUGCAUCAGCAUGAAAGAUAUGCCAGUCAACUGUUCUGGAAACUUGCACCAUCUGAUAGUUGAGUCCUGUAUUGCCAGAAAUCUUCUGGACACCUCAGCAUAUUUCUGGCCGGGCUAUGUGAAUGGAAGUAUCAACCGAAUACCUCAUAGUGUGCCUGCUCAAGCUCCUGGAUGGUCAUCACUCAUGAAGGGGGCAUCACUUUCUCCAUUAAUGAUAAAUGUUUUAGUCUCAGCUCCUGCUACAAGCUUAGCAGAGCUCCAGAAAAUUUUUGAGAUCGCAGUCAAAGGAUCAGAAGAUGAGAGGAUAGCUGCUGCUAAAAUUCUUUGUGGGGCUUCUUUGAUUCAUGGGUGGAAUAUACAGGAACACACCGCUUAUUUUAUAACUAGACUAUUGUCCCCGCCAGUUCCUGCCAACUAUUCUGGGAGUGACAGCCAUUUGAUAGAUUAUGCUCCAAUGCUGAAUGCCAUUCUUGUUGGAAUAGCAUCUGUUGACUGUGUUCAGAUUUUCUCCCUACAUGGCUUGGUUCCUCAGCUUGCUGCUUCAUUGAUGCCAAUUUGUGAGGUUUUUGGGUCAUGUGUUCCAUGUGUCUCAUGGACUUCAACACCAGGAGAAGAAGUUUCUGCCCACUGUGUGUUUUCAAAUGCAUUUGCACUCCUUUUGAAGCUAUGGAGGUUUAAUCAUCCACCUCUUGAACAUGGGGUGGGACAUGUACCACCAGUAGGAUCCCAAUUAACUCCUGAGUACCUCUUAUCAGUAAGGAAUUCACACUUAGUAUCUUGUAAAAACAACCACAAGGACCCAAAUAAAAGGAGACUUGCAGCUGUUGCAAGUUCAUCAUCUCCUAAACCAAUAUUUGUGGAUUCAUUUCCAAAAUUAAAAGUAUGGUACCGGCAGCAUCUAGCAUUUAUAGCUUCAACACUCUCCGGGCUUGUUCCAGGGACACCUGUCCAUCGGAUUGUUGAUUCACUUCUUAACAUGAUGUUCAGUAAGAUUAAUAAAGGAAGCCAGUCUUUGAUAUCUGUAACAUCUGGAAGUAGCAGUUCGUCUGGUGCUGGAAGUGAAGAUACUUCUUUAAGACCCAAAUUACCUGCAUGGGACAUCCUUGAAGCUGUUCCUUUUGUGGUUGAUGCUGCUCUAACAGCAUGUGCCCAUGGAAAACUGUCUCCUCGUGAAUUGUGUACAGGACUUAAAGAGUUGGCUGAUUUGCUUCCUGCAUCUCUGGCAACCAUAGUAAGUUACUUGUCAGCUGAAGUAACUCGUGGUGUUUGGAAACCAGUUUUCAUGAAUGGAACAGAUUGGCCAAGUCCUGCUGCAAAUCUGUCUAAUGUUGAGGAACAUAUCAAGAAAAUUCUAGCUGCCACGGGUGUUGAUGUCCUGAGCCUUCUUGCAGGUGGAAGCUCUCCAGCCACACUUCCAUUGCCCUUGGCUGCCUUCGUGAGCCUCACUAUAACCUAUAAACUUGAUAAAGCUUCACAACGGUUUCUCAAUCUGGCAGGACCUGCCUUGGAGUACCUUGCAGCAGGUUGCCCAUGGCCAUGCAUGCCCAUUGUGGCUUCUUUAUGGACCCAAAAGGCCAAACGCUGGAGUGAUUCUCUCGUCUUUUCUGCCUCACGUACAGUCUUUAGCCACAACAAUGAUGCAGUGGUUCAGCUUCUCAAAAGUUGCUUCACUGCCACACUUGGCCUGAAUACCACCUCUAUCUCAAGCAAUGGUGGCAUUGGAGCACUUCUUGGACAUGGAUAUGGAUCACAUUUUUGUGGGGGGAUCUCUCCAGUUGCUCCAGGGAUUCUUUAUCUACGUGUUUAUCGGUCCAUCAGAGAUAUCAUGUUCUUGAGAGAAGAGAUUGUCUCUUUGUUGAUUCAAUCUGUGAGAGACAUAGUAUGCAGUGGGCCUCCUAGAGAGAGAUUAGAGAAACUGAAGAAAGCAAAAAACGGAAUGAGAUAUGGGCAUGUUUCACUUGCUACAUCAAUGACUAGAGUGAAACUAGCUGCUUUGCUAGGGGCUUCUUUAGUAUGGUUAUCUGGUGGCUUGGGGCUAGUUCAAUCAGUAAUAAACGAAACACUGCCUUCUUGGUUCAUAUCUGUUCACCGAUCUGAGCAGGUAGAAUAUUCAGGAGGGUUGGUUGCAAUGCUUGGCGGGUAUGCACUAGCUUACUUUGCUUUGCUUUGUGGAGUAUUUGCUUGGGGCAUUGAUUCAACCUCAUCAGCAUCAAAGCGGCGUCCCAAAAUUCUAGGGGAUCUCAUGGAAUUUCUAGCAAGUGCCCUUGAUGGGAAGAUAUCACUUGGCUGUGAUCCAACCACCUGGCGUGCCUAUGUGUCGGGACUUGUGAGCCUGAUGGUUGGGUGUACCCCAACUUGGGUGUUGGAUGUGGAUAUAGAGGUGCUGAAGAGACUGAGUAAAGGGCUGAGGCAAUGGAAUGAGGAGGAGCUUGCUCUUGGUUUGCUGGGGGUCGGUGGGGUUGCUACAAUGGGUGCAGCCGCUGAAAUGAUCAUUGAAAAUGAGUCAUAGUUUUGUAAUUAGAUUUUUUGCCCCUUACAUUCAAUAUUUUGUAGGUUGGUGAUUGUAGUUGUAGGACGUAGUUUUCAUGUAGAAAAAGGUUAUAAAAUCUAUUACAGUGGACAGUUUAAUUUUUGAAUAGGAACUUCCAUACAGAAGG